AAACACAGAGCUCUAUUUAGUGUUCCUGUUUUAAGUCCAGUUAAGUAACAAACGAGGAACUGCACACAGUCCACUUUGGAUUUCUGAAUUUAAAUACAUUUGUUUUUUAUUUUGUACUUAUGGCAUUGACUGUAAAUGUUGACAGAUGGGUAGAAGACAACAAAGCAUGUUUUUUACCUCCAGUCUGCAAUAAGCUAAUGCAUAAUGGUCAACUGACUGUAAUGUUUGUUGGAGGCCCAAACCAACGAAUGGAUUAUCACAUUCAAGAAGGAGAAGAGCUAUUUUACCAACUGCAAGGAGACAUGUGUCUGAAGAUAAUUGAAAAUGGAAAGCACAAAGAUAUCCACAUCAAAGAAGGAGAGAUGUUUCUCUUACCAGCUCGGAUCCCACAUUCCCCACAGAGGUUUAAGAAUACAGUAGGGCUUGUUAUUGAGAGAAGGAGGUUGGGAAAAGAGAAAGACGGACUCAGGUAUUAUGUUGGAGAUAAGUCAACCGAAGUUUUGUAUGAAAAGUGGUUUUAUUGUUCAGAUCUUGGAAAGCAACUUGCUCCAAUAAUAAAUGAGUUUUUUAAUUCGAAGCAAUAUCAGACAGGAACGCCUGAUCCAGACAAACCGUUGGAAGAAAUGCCUUUCCCACUCAACCCUGUAAAUGUUAUGAAACCAUUUUACUUUCGAGAAUGGUUAGAAAAUCAUCGAAUACGAAUAAAUCUGCAAAAAGAAUUGCACUUGUUUGAUGAGCACCAUGACAUGAAGGUUACUAUUUAUGGGUCAGGGGAAAGCAAACCAAGCAUUACAAAGACUGAUGUCUGGAUUUGGCAGCUGGAAGGCACUUCAGGUGUUAUGUUGGGUGGUGAAACUGUAAGGCUCAAUGCUGGAGAUAGUCUUCUCAUUGAAGAGCAUUCUUCAUAUUCCUGGAUCAGAGAUCAAGGAUGCGUAGCAUUAAGCAUUCGCCAAGAGCCAGCUGAAAGCAAAUAAAUUGACUAAAUACACAACCACAGUAUUAUUGGAGGAAAACAGCUACAUAUUUCUAAUCGUAAAUGUCUAUCCAUUAUACAGUGAGUGUGGGAGUUCACAUCAGACUUAAAAGAACGUUUGCAGCACGGUUAAUUUAGCCAAUAUUUUGAUUUGAUUUUAUAUCAGCUCAUCGUAACUCACUCUUUAGUGAAUAAAGCCCAUAUCUCUACACCAUUAGGUCA